GCCAAUUAAGCGAAUCCUGUUCCUACUGCCUUCAAACGGAAUACUUAAAGUUGUUGUUGUUGAUAUGAACAGUACUGCACAUUUUUUCUUCUUUCUGCCACCCCUCUUCUUGGAUAUAGGGAUGCCCAACAUUUUGUUCAAUCGACUUCUUCUUCCAGUUUUCUUUUCUAGUAUCCUUAGCAUCGUUCCCUGAAUUGAGGCCCACAAGCAGCUAGAUUCCCUCAAUCUGAGCCACCUCCUCCAGGUCAAACAGCUUCCAAUGGAUUCCAUGAAAGGACAAGGCGGUAUUCAAAUGCUACUAACUGCAGAACAGGAAGCCCAGCAGAUUGUAGCUGCUGCUAGAAACUUGAAAUUAACAAGAUUGAAGCAGGCUAAAGACGAAGCUGAGAAGGAAGUGUCAAACUAUCGUUCACAUUUGGAUGCCGAAUUCAAAAAUAAAAUCGCCGAGACAACUGGGAGCUCUGGCUCAACUGCAAAACAGCUCGAAGAGGAGACAGAAAUGAAGAUUAGAGACUUGAAGGAUACAGCAUCAAGGGUAUCACCAGAUAUUGUUGGGAUGCUCAUCAAGAAUGUCACAGCUGUGAAAACUUGAUGCAUGAAGGCAAUCAAGAAAUGAGGGGAUAUAGAGAACAAGCAGCAAUAAAGGAUAUUGCUCAUAAAUAAGGCAUUUGUCGUCUCUUAUCUCUGUUAUUUUCUUGUUCAAUUUAUUUUUCCACAUUGAGCCAAACUAACAUUUGAUUUGUGGAUUUUUACACUGCAAACUAUUUGACGUUCAAACCACUUGCCAAGAAAAGAAAUAAAUUGUUGCUUCUGCUGGGACAGACUUCCAGC